AUGACUAGACCAAAAGUAUUAUUAGUUCUUUAUCAUGGUGGUGUACAUGCCGAACACGAGCCAAAAUUAUUAGGAACAAUCGAAAACGAACUUGGACUCCGUAAAUUCAUCGAAUCUCACGGAUAUGACCUCGUAACCACCACCGACAAAGAUCCAGAACCAACAUCCAAAUUCGAUGAAGAAUUACAAGAUGCCGAAAUCGUCAUCACUACCCCUUUUUUUCCAGCUUAUUUGACACGUUCUAGAAUCGCUAAGGCGAAGAACUUGAAAAUUGCCAUUACGGCCGGUGUUGGAUCUGAUCAUGUUGAUUUAGAUGCUGCUAAUGAACGUGGGAUUUCGGUUUUGGAAGUCACUGGAUCAAAUGUCCAAUCGGUGGCUGAACAUGCUAUGAUGACGAUAUUGACCUUGGUGAGAAAUUUUGUUCCUGGUCAUGAAAUGUCAGUAGAGGGAAAAUGGGAUAUUGCAGGUGUUGCUAAACAUGAAUACGAUUUAGAGGGGAAAGUGGUUGCUACUGUUGGUGCAGGUAGAAUUGGGUAUCGUAUUUUAGAAAGAAUGAUUGCUUUCAAUCCAAAGAAAUUAUUAUAUUUUGAUUAUCAAGAAUUACCUCCAGCAGCUGUUGAAAAACUUAAUGCAGCAUCUAAGUUAUUCAAUGGUGUUGAUAAUAUUAUUGAAAGAGUUGAGAAAUUGGAAGAUAUGGUUGCUCAAUCCGAUAUCGUUACUAUUAAUUGUCCAUUACACGAUUCCUCGAGGGGAUUAUUCAAUAAAGAGCUCAUUUCCAAAAUGAAGCCUGGUUCUUAUUUAGUCAACACCGCCAGAGGGGCCAUUUGUGUUGAACAAGAUGUUGCAGAUGCUGUUAAUUCAGGUCAUUUGGGUGGAUAUGGUGGGGAUGUGUGGUAUCCACAACCACCUCCAAAGAAUCAUCCUUGGGUCACUAUGAGAAAUCCAUACGGUGGAGGUAAUGCUAUGACUCCUCAUGUUUCAGGAACUUCUUUGGAUGCUCAAGAAAGAUAUGCCAAGGGUGUUGAGAAUAUUUUGGUAGAAUAUUUCAAUAAGACUUACAAUUACCGUCCACAUGAUAUUAUUGUUAUUAAUGGUGACUAUGCCACUAAAGCGUAUGGACAACGUUAA